AUGCAAGUCAGCUUCCAAGUGGAGGCCGAGAAAAAAACCCACACCUUCAACCUCACGGGGCUGCAGGCCCUCACGGAGUACGAGGUGGCGCUGAGCUGUGCGGUCCAGCAGUCCGCCUUCUGGAGCGCCUGGAGCCCAGUGCACAGAGGAGCCACCGAGGAAGCUCCCCGGGGCCUGGACCUGUGGAGGGUGCUGGGACCUGCUCAGGAGGACGGGAGCCGCCCGGUGAGGCUGCUGUGGAAGAGGGCCCUGGAGCGAGCACUCAGCUACCAGGUCUGGUUCUUCCCGGAAAACACCACCAACCUCACGGAGACCCUGACCACCAGCCGCCCGCCGCUGGCGCUGACGCUGGGCGCCGAGGCCUACCGGGUGUGGGUGGUGGCCUCCAACUCGCUGGGCCAGAGCCCGCCCGCCUCCCUGCGGGUCCCGGCCGCCACCGAGGAGGCGUUCCGGGGUGUCCAGGCCGUGCAGGCCGGCCCCUCGCAGGCCGGGCUGGUGGUGGCAUGGCAGAGCUCCGCUCCGCACGUGGACGCGUGGAUGGUGGAGUGGCUCCCGGACGUGGACGCCGAGCCCCCCGCCCCGUCCUGGGCGGCGGUGACCGGGGCCAGGAACUGGACGAUCCGGCAAGAUGAGCUAACACCCCUCCAGUGCUACAACAUCUCCGUGUACCCACUGUGGCAAGACCGCGUGGGCCAGCCGUGUUCUGUCCAGGCCUACGCCAGGGAAGGCGUCCCGGCAGCAGGCCCCGUGCCCAGGGCGGAGGGCAUCGGCGUGACGGCCGUCACCAUCACGUGGGAGGAGGUUCCCAAGCACCAGAGACACGGCUUCAUCCGCAGCUACACCGUGUUCUACCAGGCCGAGGGCGGCGGGGCGCUCGCCAAGACGGUCGGCGCCGGCACCCUGGGGUGCCGCCUGGAGUCCCUGAGGCGCAAGACCUCCUACUCCGUCCAGGUCAUGGCCAGCACCAGCGCCGGCGGCUUCAACGGCACCAGGAUCACCUUCCAGACGCUGUCCGUCAGUGUCCUGGAGGUCUGCCUGGUGGCCGCGCUGGGCGGGGGCGGGCUGCUCGUGCUCAGCGCCCUGGCCGCGGCCUGCGGCCUCCAGAAGCCCAAGCUGAAGCACCUGUGCUGGCCGGACGUCCCCAACCCUGCCCGGAGCAGCCUGGCCGCGUGGCGAGGCGGGAGCCUCAAGGGUAAGCCGAGCCCGAAGGAGGUGGACGAUGCCCUGAGCACAGAGGACAGCGCUCUCAAGCCCAGUGACCUCAUUGACAAGUUGGCGGUGAACUUUGAGAAUUUCCUGGAAGAAGUUUCCACAGAGGAAGCGGGAAAGGGCCAGGAAAGCAUGCUGGGAGGGGACACGAAUGAGUACGUGACCUCCCCCUUCAGGCCUUACUGUAUCCUGAAGCCGUUCACUGAGGCCGAGGCCCCGCCCACUGCUGCCGAGGCCCCGCCCACUGCAGCUGAAGUCACUCCCACUGCAGCUGAAGUCACUCCCACUGCAGCUGAGGCCCCGCCCACUGCAGCUGAAAUCCCACCCACUGUAUCUGAAGGCCCGCUCACUGCUGCCGAGGCCCCGCCCACUGAAGCUGAAGUCCCGCCCACUGCAGCUGAGGCCCCACCCACUGUAUCUGAAGUCCCACUCACUGCAGCCAAGGCCACGCCCACUGCAGCCGAGGCCCCGCCCAUGGCAGCCGAGGCUCCUCCCACUUCACCCAAGGCUCCGCCCACUGUGGCCGAGGCUCCGCCCAGAGAGCCCCAGCGCCUGUGCUCUGGCAGCCGGGAGGGCACCAGCCCGGAGGCUGAGGAGCAGCUUGUCCCUUCCGCCCGGCGCCCAGGGCCCGCCAGCGCCUGCCAGGAGGGGGCGCCCACCCCGUACCUGAAAAACUCCGUGACCACCAGGGAGUUCCUCGUGUCUGCGGAGCUUCCCGACCAAACCAAGAGAGCCACCUAG